AUGAAGUUCGUAGAGUCCCAGAAGAGGUCAACCCUUGUGUGGCGUCUUGAUGAGGAGGUUGACGCAGAAGACCUCAUUGAGUGCAUAUGGGACAGAAGGACGGUGAAGCGUGAUCCUGCUGCUUCCUUCGGCAAUGUAGUCCGUGCGCCAUGCCAGUUGAUUUUUGAGUGUUAUCCUGGAGAACUUGAAGGAGCUAAGAAGGUGAUGUAUAGCAUGAUGGAGGAAUGGAGGGAACACAACUUCCGGUGCACUAUAUCGCUACGUUCGGAUCACUCGAAGCAGCUGUUGAAUCUUGGUCGGGGAGGACAGGGGCUGCAGAAGUUCCGCAGUUUCGCUAGGGAUAAAGGUGUGGAGAUUAGUAUUAGACGAGGUAACCCCGAGCACGUGCCAAGCUUAGAUGCUACUGACGAAGAGGUCGAUGAUGAUGAGGAGGAGAGUGGAUCUUGUCCCACCAUGGUCCUCUCGGGAGUAGAGGCUAGUGUGCUGGAGGUUGAACAGAACUGGAUCGACAGGUUGGAGAAGUUCAAGAGGGAGAAUAAGACUUCCGAGUUGACGCUCUCGAUUGAGCAUUUGUUUGCCUUUGGGUUAACCGGUGUAACGCCAUCAUCACCAUCGACGUUGGAAGAUACUCCUACCAAGGAUUCUGAGGACAGGUACGAGACACUGUUGGUGAACUGUAGUCCUAAAUCGGUAGAGGACGCAACUAGGAGGCUCUUCAAGCAUGUCAGGUCGAGUCCUGGACCGGAAGAUGGGGAGAAUGGUCCGCUGUCGAACACGGGUAGUGUCGACUUCACUAAGGAUGCUUAUGGGACUGUAACUCUGCACUUGCGGGGCACGGAGCAGUUCUUGGGCCGAAUGAAGGAUGCUGUGUCCCGCUUGUUGGACUCGUUCACAGCAAAGAAUGUUGUGAUGGGCAUCCCGGACACGGCAUUGACAACAUUGAGUGAGGAAGUAGUGCAACAGUUGCAUAACAGGUAUGAUGUUGAAGUUAGGGUUGUGAAGAACUCCUAUGAGGGUGAUUACGGUCACUAUCUGUUGGUAACGGGCGAGUCGAAGGAAACGGACAUUGGCAACUGUCACGAUGAGAUCAUUCGCAUCAUCAAUAAGCA